AUGUUAGGAGCUGUAGGACGCUGCUCCGCCGGGGCCUUAAAGGCCUUCAAGCCGGCCGCCAGCGCUCUCCAGGGCCUGCUAAGGAGCGCUCCUGCAGCCCUGCACUGCCGGCGAGACUAUGCAGCACAGGCUUCCCCAGCAGCUAAACCUGGUGUAGCUGUAGGCCGUAUCGUGGCUGUCAUUGGAGCCGUCGUUGAUGUCCAGUUUGAUGAAGGCCUUCCACCUAUUCUAAAUGCUCUGGAGGUCCAGGGCAGGGACACCAGACUGGUUCUGGAAGUGGCUCAACACUUGGGUGAAAACACUGUUCGUACCAUUGCUAUGGAUGGUACUGAAGGUUUAGUCAGAGGGCAAAAAGUUCUCGAUGCUGGCACACCAAUUAGAAUUCCUGUGGGGCCUGAGACCCUUGGAAGAAUUAUGAAUGUCAUUGGUGAACCCAUUGAUGAAAGGGGCCCAAUUACAACAAAACAGUUUGCUGCUAUCCAUGCUGAGGCUCCUGAGUUUGUAGAAAUGAGCGUUGAGCAAGAGAUCCUGGUCACUGGCAUUAAAGUGGUGGACCUUUUGGCUCCAUAUGCUAAAGGAGGAAAAAUCGGUUUAUUUGGUGGUGCCGGUGUGGGUAAAACUGUAUUGAUUAUGGAGCUGAUCAACAAUGUAGCUAAAGCUCAUGGUGGGUAUUCCGUGUUUGCUGGUGUGGGAGAACGUACCCGUGAAGGAAACGAUCUGUACCAUGAAAUGAUUGAGUCUGGUGUCAUCAACCAGGUAGCCCUGGUAUAUGGACAGAUGAACGAACCACCAGGUGCCAGAGCUCGUGUAGCCUUGACUGGUCUUACUGUUGCUGAAUACUUUAGAGAUCAAGAAGGACAAGAUGUGCUACUUUUCAUUGACAACAUCUUCAGGUUUACUCAGGCUGGCUCAGAGGUGUCUGCCUUGCUGGGUCGUAUUCCCUCUGCUGUUGGUUACCAGCCAACCUUGGCUACUGAUAUGGGUACCAUGCAGGAAAGGAUCACAACCACAAAAAAAGGAUCUAUUACCUCUGUGCAGGCUAUCUAUGUGCCUGCUGAUGAUUUGACUGAUCCUGCUCCUGCUACCACCUUUGCUCACUUGGAUGCCACAACUGUGCUGUCACGUGCUAUUGCUGAGCUAGGAAUCUAUCCAGCGGUGGAUCCCUUGGAUUCCACUUCUCGUAUUAUGGACCCCAAUAUUGUUGGACGAGGAGCAUUAUGAUGUUGCUCGUGGAGUGCAGAAGAUCUUGCAGGAUUACAAGUCUUUGCAAGAUAUCAUUGCCAUCUUGGGUAUGGAUGAAUUGUCAGAAGAAGACAAACUGACUGUGGCUAGAGCCCGUAAGAUCCAGCGUUUCCUAUCGCAACCUUUCCAGGUUGCUGAGGUCUUCACAGGACAUCUUGGUAAACUUGUUCCACUAAAGGAAACAAUCAAGGGUUUCAAGCAAAUCCUCCAAGGGGAAUAUGAUAAUCUACCAGAACAAGCUUUUUACAUGGUUGGACCCAUUGAAGAAGCCGUAACAAAGGCUGAAAAACUUGCAGAAGAGCACUCUUAA